AUGACGACUCAUCUGGUUGCUAUUGCGAAAGCUACUUUCUCAGCUGGGCUCUUGCGACCAGAUCCCACCUCCGUCUACCGCGAUGAGAUCGCCUUCUUCCACAGGUCGCUCGACCGGGCAGUGACGCACUGCUCUCCAGGAAACAUCCAGAUUUGCAAAUCGUGGCUGCUGAAAAAUGUGAUUCCUUCUUCAACGAGGAUUGGGGCUCUGGGCAAAUACCUUGUCACUCUAUCAGGAUCUUUCGAACCUGGCGAUAAAUCACCGGCUGCUGGACAGGCCGCUGUUGAAGCCUCGAAGAAUUCUCCAAAACGGAAAAGGCUGCAUAUCCUGUAUUUGCUGAACGAUUUGUUGCAUCAUACCAAAUACCAUGAACAGACAACUUCCGCCUUUUCAACUCUCAGUGGUUCCCUUCAACCAUUCUUAGUUGACCUUAUUAGCCUUGCGGCUGGUUUUUCUCGCGAAAAGAACCCAAAGCAUCACAAACGAUUGAACGAUCUCCUGGAUAUAUGGGCCGGUAAUAGCUACUAUAGCCGGGAUUACAUCAACAAGCUCCGUGAAACCGUGGAUAACUCCUCGUCUCCUGGUGCACUGAAUGCAAAAGUUGCUCCCAAAGAUUCUGGUUCAGAUACACCGAACAAGAUCCCUCCAAGGGACGCUCCUUACGUAAUGCCGGCGACACAUGGAGACCCCUCUGCGCCAUAUCAUGAGCUACCCGCGGGGAAUCUAAUGCCACAUAUAAUUCCCAACUCGACAGCCCCAAUCCGACCACAGGCAGUGAAACCUCUACAGUUUCUUGCAGGACCUGCUGAUGAGUCUCUAGUCACGGCCGUAAAAAACUUUCUAAAUGACGUCGACAAAAUAUAUAACUCGAAUGGGGAAGCGAUGGAUGGGGGAGACGAUGUAGAGAUUGAUGAGCUUGGUCAGAUCAUUGUUCGUGACCCAGUGACGGGAGAAGUUGUUGACGGAGAAACGUACUAUGGUUGGUCUCGUUCAUUCUGCGAGAAAAUGAAGAAAAGGAGGGAUGGCAAACUUGGGCGUAGGAGCGAAAGUCGAAGUCUCAGUCCCAGCCGAAGCCGCAGCCGCAGCCGGAGUUAUAGCGCACGGAAACGGCGACGAUAUAGCGAUAACAUGAGUGAUGACGAUAGGGGACGCUCUAGAUCAUCGGGUUCAUCCAGAUCAGGCAACCGAAGUCGGGGCGACUCCUACUCCCGCUCUCUUUCCCGCUCCCGUUCCCGCACAGCUCCAGGCCGCUCAGGACGUCCGAGAUCACGGUCAAGAUCGAUAUCUUACUCUCCUCGCCCCUUAUCUCCACCGCCCUUUCCUUCACAAAAUCAGAAUGCUCCUUUCCCACCUCCAGGAACAGCUCCGCCUAUCCCUCCUCCAAUGUCAUAUCCCUUUAGCGGAUCGCAACAAUUCUCACCUCCCCAUCCUCUACCGAUCCCUGGUCCCGGUGGCAUGUUUAUUCCCCCUCCUCCUCCGAGACCGCCAGGGUAUCACGGACCUUGGCCGCCUCCACCCCCACCUCCACCUUCUCAACAUCAUAGUGCAACGCCACCAUUCCCACCGCCUCUACCACCUCCACUACCUGUGAAUAUGGGCGUGAAUAUGAAUAUUCCCGGCUUCCAAUCUCCUGCUGGUGGCGGUGCGCCGCAAUUCUCUUCUCAUUCACAUCCGUCUCACCAGCCACCUCCUGGAUCAUACCAUUUCCCAUCACCGCAUACUCCUCAGGGACAGGGACCUGGGCGUCAGCCCUACUCUGGCGGAGAUGCGAAUGGCUCUGGUGGAAGUAGAGGCCGAGGAAAUGCCACUGUUAUUUCCUCUGCCGCUCCCCGGAUUCCACGAAUCACGAGCACAGAUUACUUAGUUUUCCACAGGCUGUAUCGAUCGGUGCUCCGGGAAGAUAAGCACGACCCCGCUUCUGGCAAAGCGGUUAUCGAUCCAACGCUGUUGAAGAUGAGAAAAUCUGUUCUCCUCCUCCCUUUCCCAAACUUCGACACCUUGGACCUCUAUGCUCCGAUCGAAGUCCUGGGUAAGGGCGCGGCCAUCGGCGGACUAGAGAUAACAUUUGACAUCGCCGCAAUUGUCCAACCAACUCUCAGCGCAGAGAAGGUCCCUGUUUAUCCAAACCUCAGCAUCUCCCAGGCGAUGCAGCAGCUCGACCAGUAUGAAAUCGUCGUCCAGCCUGGCGCCGGCAUAUCCGAAGUAGAAAAGUACUUGGAAAAUCCAGCGCAGCUUGGGUUGAGCCCGUCUAGCGUGAAGGAGCAUCUACAACUGCUCUUAGCAUUCUCGCAAACGACCACGCCGUCUCCGCGCGGCUGUAAACGCGUGUUCCUGUCUAUAUGCACUGGGGCGCUCGUGGCGGGGCUGGCAGGGGUUUUUAGCAAUAUGAUUGUUACCACCCACUAUGCGGGACUCGAAAAGCUGCGAGAAUAUUGUAGGAUAGCGGGAGAGGGGACAGUUGUCGAGCCUGAUAUAGGAGAUGGAGGUUAUGAAGGGUACUCGAAUGCGCAGCAGCAGUCGUGGAGGUGGGUUACUGUCGACCGUCCCCAGUUUGGGGCGAGGGUUAUUAGCUCUGGGGGGAUUAGCUGUGGGCUUGAUGCAUCGUUGUUUUUGGUGAGCGAGUUGGAGGUGUGGAAGGAUGGGUAG